UGAUCUCUCCGCGCGUUCACGAGCAUGUAAACACCUGACAGCAGGAGUCAGACCCCGCUGUUUAUUUUUCAUAGGCUCCUCUGCAAACCCCUCCUGUUGAUCACGCAGCUGUUUCUUGCUAGCAGGAUGACGGACGAAGAGUCGUUUGUAUCAGAGGAUCAGACUGUGGGAGACAGCGGCCUGCUGCAGGACUACAGGCGGCCUACUCGGCUUUACUGCAUGAAUGGCGGACAUCACCUCCAGAUCCUCCCCGAUGGGACAGUGCAGGGCCAGAGGGAUGACGGGGACGUUCACACUGUUUUAAGGCUCAAAGCUGUGGGCAGAGGCGUGGUGGUCAUCCAGGGAACAGAAGCCGAGCGAUAUCUGGCCAUGAGCGACAAGGGGCGAUUGUACAGUUCACCCACAGUAAAUGAUGAAUGUUACUUCCUGGAGAAGCUGGAGGAGAACCACUACAACACAUAUCUAUCUCAGAAAUAUCAGGAGGGGAACUGGUACGUGGCUCUGAAAAAGAACGGAAAAGCUAAACUGGGUCCACGGACUCACAUCGGACAGAAGGCCAUCUUCUUUCUGCCCCGACAUCUGUGAGCACACUUGUCCCAACACACACAGCGAUACCUCAGCCCAAACGGAUGUGAAGCUGCGGAGGGAUUUUCUUCUGUUGAAAACACACGUAUUUCCCCAUAUUAGUUCAUGACACAGACCAGAAGAAAUGAAGAAGUGGUGUGAAAGUGGUUGAUAAUAAUUAUAAUCAUUAGGGAAAUGACCAGCUGUUUUGAUGACGUUUCGUCCAAGUAUUACUCUUAAUGUGCAUGUUGUCAUCUUGUUUUUGUUCACUUACACAACACCCCAUUUUAUUUGGUAGCAGCUUUUCUUAUUGCACGGGAAAAAAUUUAAGGAAUCAUACAAGAAAACAGAAAGUGCGACUGAGCCAAGCAGCAGUGAUUUGAUUUAUUGAGUCUGAAUGAGCGGUUCUCAGACUCAAGGUUCUUUUGAAAUGGGGCAUUUCAGAUGAUUUUGUGGGAUGAAGGAAAAAACAUUGAAAAAUAAUAUUCUAUUGUAUUUUCUAAUAUACUUUAUGUAGCAUUAUUUGUAAAAAAAAAAAAAAAAAACAACC